AUGACAGAAAAAAACUCUUAUUCGAAACUCAAAUCGGUUCUAUAUUACGAAAGCGAUUCUGAAAAUGAGGUCGAUGAUGAUGACGUUGAUCUCGAUCUUUCACUCUUCAAGCUCAAUCUCGGCCCGAAUAAGAAGCUUCUCGUGCUCUGUUUGGGAGGCUUGCUUGUUCACAGGGCCCACCUAAAGGAAAGCCACACUGUUCGUGGGCUUCGGCCCGAUAUUCGUUAUGGGAAUUUCUUAGUUUUUAAGAGGCCAUUUUGCACAGAUUUUCUGAAUUUUUGCUUCCAGCGGUUUGAUGUCGCGCUUUGGUCCUCUGCAAGAGAGCACAAUAUUGAAGGUGUUUUGAGCAGCAUAACUAGUGGGGCGAGGAACAAGUUCGUGUUUGUGUGGAAUCAAGAAGAAUGCACUGAUUCUGGAUAUGGCUGCCUUCACAAAAAGCAGAAGCCCCUUUUUCUUAAAAGAAUGAAGGAUUUAUGGGAAAAUAAAAGCUACAAAGAAAAAUAUUCUGCCUCAAACACAUUGUUAAUUGAUGACGAACCACAUACAGCCCUGCUUAAUCCUCCCGACACAGCAAUUUUUCCCCAACCUUACAAAAGCCACAACACGGAGGACACAUUUCUAGGUCCUAAUGGCGAUUUGCGUAAAUUUCUUGACGGGCUAACGGAUGCUGAGGAUGUUCCAUCGUACGUGAAAGAUCACCCAAUCGGACAGCCCGGGAUAACGCCAUUUCAUCCCGAUUGGAAGUAUUAUGAGAAGAUUGUUCUUCGUUUUCGGAAGAAGAAUGAAGAAGCUGAAAGUUCUACAGAUAAUUGAUACCAAAUGAUCAAAUUAUGGGAUAAAUGUUAAGAUGAAUGAUGUUUAUUAUAUUAUGAAUAUCACAAGUUGGAAGAUGGGAAUGGAGUGAAUUAUUA